AUGCGAGAUACUCUAUUUGGCCUCUUGGGUUCUGUACGUCUGGUUCAAGAAGUCUCAAGGUCAGCUUCACAAUCAGCAACCGCGUCUCCCAACGACAAUGUCCCUCAUUCAUUACCUGCAACAGCGACAACUGAUACCUCAUCCACCGCUUCGUUUAUGCCUAAUGCGAACCGUUAUUCACCAUUGCUCAACGACGAUUCCACACGCACGCAUCAGGAACGAUCCCACAUCAUGCCGACGCCGGCGUCGACGACAACGACCCAUGGUAGCAAUAUCAAUAAUAACAUGAUGCCUUUGGCUGAUAACACCAAUUCGCCAUGGCAACUCCCAGUAUCCCUUGGUAAUUACGCGCGUGGUGUGCCAUUGUUUUUGCCGUCAUAUGCGAAUCCGAGAACAUUACCAAACUGGUUAAUGCCGCCGUUACGCCCAUCCACCGCUCCUGCUAGCACAACAACCACUACCACUACAACCUCAACAACGAAUAAUAACACGCGUUCGAGAAGAAAGCAUGUUAGAAGGAAUUCGCUCUACACCGUUAGACACCAUCAUCAUCAUCGACCCUCAUCCACCACGACAAGUAAACAACAGCAACAGCUGAUAACAUCUGCAGGACAACAACAACAGCAACAACAGCAGCAAGUUUCACAUUCCGCCGAUAUUCCGCUACCGUUAUCAUCGUCAGCUGCAGCUGCAGGAGGAGGUGUAGGAAGGGAUGAUGAUAAUAUUGUUGAUGAUGGUGACAAGAAUGUGCCCUUGCUCAACCUAUCAGCAUCCGUGGGCAAAGUCAAACCCAAAUCCCAAAAGUUAUUAUGUCUUUGGCCGUUACCUGUCAUCACUCGUUACAUCAUUGGCAUUUCAUUGCUGGUAUCCAUGCUCAAUUUUAUGGGCUUGUUGCAUUUGAAAUGCUCCUCACCAUCUUACGUGAUCCAUCGUCUCGAGAUUGCCAACUUGCUCAUGUCACCUUUCCUAUUCACGGCAUCGUUACAUGCAUUUUUGCUAUUUGCUUGGAACAUUCUCAUUCUCGGCCUAUUCGAAGAAUCGCUUGCUCACAUGUUGGGUGGCACACGCCAAUUUGUCAAGGUGUUUGCUGGCAUUGUAUUAGCAGUGUGCAUGACGCGUCAAGCCAUUGGAUAUCUUUUUUCCAAAUCAACUGGAUUUGCCGUACCAGCAUUGUUUUUCAGUGAUUCCUUGCAUGAAUGUAGCCAAGGGCUUGCGCCGUUCUUGUUUGCUUUGUUGAUUGUACAAUCGCUGAGUAUCGAUGACAAGUACAUUUUGAUGUAUGGUGCCGAGGAAUCAAAUCACAUGAUCACCGUGAGGAAAUUCGUGUUGCAGCUGCUCAUGUGCCUUGUCAAUUAUACCGUCAAGAACAUUCUUUGGUGGUCGUUGACAGGUCUGCUGAUCGGAUACUUGGCCACCAUUGUUAUUCAAACUUUCCUUGCUCAUCAAAAGACCUCUGCUUUGGCUUACACGGCGGCACCAUGGUCUGCUGAUCCACAAUCCAAGUAUGAUGGACAAGGAGAAGGAGGUGAAAAAGAUGAUUACAGCAGCAAAGAGCAACAAUACAUUCGAAUGGAACCCUUGAAUCGACGUUUGCCACUUUGGCGUAGUUUAUGGAGUGCCAUCAAGAAAGGAGCUGUCGUUGUGAUGAUUACGAUUCCAGUGUUACUCAUGUGCAAUGCUUAUUAUACACGUGAAACGCUUGUCGACCCAGCCAUCUUGAACCAGUUGACUCAUGAUCGAUACAUGUUUACGUUUGUUGUCAUGACAGCGCCACGUCGUGGUGAUCCCGCCUACUUGUCACAGACUCUUGAUUCAUACUUGGCCAAUUGGCCUGUUGAUCCAGCACCGGGCUCUUUGUACGACCGUACCCAAGCAAUUGUCUAUACGCACUUUACCAAUCACACUCAAUUUGACACCGCUAAGCAGCGUUUCUCGUACGAUCCUAAGGGACAGCAUUAUGUAAAGUGGAUUCGUGAGCAUGGCAACAUGUUUGAUCAACGCCUCCAUGUGAGCAAAGCCUUGAGUCUUGCUGCCGACAAGUAUCAAAGUACCUACAUUGCUUUGCUCGAAGAUGACUUUCCUAUUUGUGGUGAAACGGAAUGGCGUAAGAUUGAAACUGUCAUCCAAGCUGCCAACCAACACGUGCCUGGUCAUUGUGGUGUCUUUGUUGGCACCGGUGGAAGUGGAUUGUUUAUGAAGCCCAAGAUUGCCAAGCUCGUGUCGGGUUUAUUACUCAAGUAUACAGAAACCCCUCCAGACAUUGUGAUGCAGGAAUGCUUAGCGGGCAAUCUCCCCGAAUGCAAUGAGUGUAGCAACACUUUGGUCACAAGUAAAACCUUGCUGAUGUAUCAUAUUGGGUUCAACACCUCUACCAGCGAGGAUCGGGCGUACAAGAAGCAUGAUUUCCAAUGCGGUUGGCGACAUCCAUUUAAUGGGGAUCCCAACGUCAUAACCCUUUAA